GCGCGCGCACACGCUCACGCUCACGCUCGCGCUCACUCACGCGCGCACACGCUCACGCUCGCGCUCGCGCUCACUCACGCGCGCACACGCUCACGCUCGCGCUCACUCACGCGCUCACACACGCGCACACGCGCACACGCGCACACGCGGACAUAGGCGCACACGUGGACGCACGCGCACACGCUCACAGGGUCACGCGCGCAGUCGCGCAGACGCGCAUUCUUCUGCUCCCGCAGUGGGGCAUUCCGUCACUGAUCGUGUGCGUGCGCGCGUGUGCGCUUGUGCGCCUGCGUCCACGUGUGCGCUUGUAGAGCGACAGCAGACACACAGAGAGAGAGAGAGAGAGAGAGAGAGAGAGAGAGAGAGAGAGAGAGAGAGAGAGAGCUACAAAUCUUCUUCAUCGGGGCGGUGAAAGAAUUUCCCAAGUGUCACUGAAAACGUCCCAGACUCCCAGUCCAACAAUUUUCCGAGUCCAGCAGAUAGGAUGACCCAAGGGGCACACGAAGAGGGAUUGCUGAAGUAGGGCCUUCUUGAUAGUUACGGGGACAAAAGCGGAGACAAAGGAAGCGGUGAAGAGGAGACGAAGAAGGAGAGACAAAGGAGGAGGCAAGGAGGAGACGAAGAAGCAGAGAGAGAGGAGACAGAGUGGAAGAGGGAGGUAGUAGAGAGGAGACGGAGAGUCUUGCUAGCUCUGCAGCAGAUCAAGUGGAGAAGUAGCGAGACUAAGUGGAGAAUCUUCAGAGACUAAGUGGAGACGUUCCAGAGACGAAGUGGCAGAGAGCACGCGGAGAAGUUUCAGGGACUAAGUGGAGAAGUUUCAGGGGCUAAGUGGAGAAGGUUCGGAGAAUCUUCAGAGACUAAGUGGAGAACUUCCAGAGACUAAUUGGCAGAGAGCAAGUGGAGAAGUUUCAGGGACUAAGUGGAGAAGUUUCAGGACUAAGUGGAGAAGCUUCAGAGAAGCUUCAGAGACCAAGUGGAGAAGUUGCAGAGAUUAAGUGGAGAAGUUUCAGGGACGAAGUGGAGAAGCUUCAGAGAGGAUUCAGAGACUAAGUGGAGAAGCUUCAGAGACUAAGAGAAGCUUCAGAGAAGCUUCAGAGACUAAGUGGAGAAGCUUCAGAGACUAAGUGGCAGAGAGCAAGUGCAGAAGUUCCAGAGACUAAGUGGAGAAGUUUCAGGGACUAAGCGGAAGAAUGGGUUUGCUCACAUAGCAACUCUUCUUCACUUCCAGAGACGAAGAGGAGGCGAGGACGAGACAGAGAGUCUUGAUCGUCCCGGAGACGGAGAGGAGACGAAGAGGAGAAGAAGAGGAGAAGAAGAGGGGAAGAAGAUGAGAAAAAAAAGAGGAGACAGACAGGGUCGUGUUGGGCGGUUGUUUUGGCUGGCUGGGAAUUUGCUGGACAAGUGGGACGACGGAGCUGUCAGGGGGCAGAAAUGGGACUGAGCGACCAAUGGGGCUGAGCUGAGCAAAUGGGACAAACGGGACUCAGCCAUAGGGGGACAAAUGGGACUGAGCCAAACAAGCGGUACCAACAGGACUGAGCCAAACAAACGGGAAACGGGACUUAGCUGAACAAAUGGGACAAACUUGAGCCCAUAUGUGACCAACAGGACCCAGCCAUUAAGUUGCAAAUGAGACUGAGCCAUUAGGGGACGAACGGGACUGAGCCGAUAGGCGGACGAACGGGACUGAGCCGAACGAACAGAACAAACGGGGACUGAGCCACUAAGUGCCAAACGUGACUCAGCCAUUAGGGGGGUAAAACUGGAUCAAUGGCACUGAGCCGUUAGGGGUACUAACGGGAGACAGAGCUGGACAAAUGGGACCGACCUGAACGAAGGGGAUAAACGGGACAGACGGGACUGAGCCGUCAGGGGACAAACGAGACUCGGCCAUUAGGGAGGGAACCAAGGGGACUGAGAGGAGACUGAGCCGUUCGGCGGCGGGCCUCUGAUGGCUGAUGUGGCGACUGGCACUAGUGCAAGCGAUGGAGAAGAGGACAACUGGGAGACGUCUUGGUCCACAGAGCUCGAGAAAUUGGUGCCUGCAUCUCUGACAUCUGACACGGCUGGAAGCGUAGAUGAGCGGAAGAAGGGGAAGGGUGAGGGGGGGAGGAGAGAGGGAGUUGCUGACGUGGACAAGGCAGUUCCACGUCAGCGUGGACGUGGCGCGUUUACUUACGGCGAUACCGGGCUCUACUGCGACCGGCUGUUGAAAAAUAACGACGUGGUUCGCGAUAGUCGCACUCAUUCUGAUUCUUUCGAUUUGACGGAUUUGGAGAGAACGUUGAUCGAUCGUCAACAAGACGAUGCGGACGAGGCGUAUCUCCGACCCGGUGCCCAUGUGGAUGAUGUGGAACCGUUCGAUCUCGUACAUGUGUUGGAGAUCUACGGGUUUUCUCCCAGCAUGAAGACGACGGACCUGGAAGGCUGGCUGGACUCUUAUCGAGCGGAUGGAGUUUUUGUGAAGUGGGUUGAUGAUACACAUGCGCUAGCGGUGUUCAGCUCACCGGCAGUAGCUAGGAGGGCUUUUGCAACCAUAUGUGACUCACGGUUCAAGCUGCGCCCGUAUGCUGAAGCCUGCCCUGCGUCAAAACUGAUUUCUCACAGAGAUCUCUCCCCCGCUGUUCCUAGGCCGGCGACAACGGUGAGAGUUGCGAGGAGACUGAUAGCAAGUGCAUUGAAUGACAGAAACAUCACCAGGGCUGUGCUGGCUCAGGCCCCCAAAGGUUGUUCGGUAGAGGACCAGCGAAAGAGAGACGAGGAGAGGCGGGCUCGUCAGAACAUGAGGCGAGAACUGAGGGAUGCUGCGUGGUCUGAGAACUGAGCGCGUUUUCACAGUAAAUAUAUAUUUUUUAAACCGGUUUCCUGAACGUACUGUGCAGUGUGCAGUCAAAAUCUGGUGAGAUUCGUCCAGGAUAUCCCUGCGUUCGUCGACACCCGAAUAGAACACAUGGUCAUUAUACCUGUGUAUGUAUUUGGUGCAACUUUCCGUCCCAAUGCAGUGACAGGGACACUGACCGGACGUUCUAUUCGGGUGAAGACGGUCGUGUCGAGUAUGCUCCAAGGGUGAUCGUCAACACCAAGGGAUGCAAACCUGUGGGAUAGAGUUGUAUGUAUUUGGUCCGACUGUCCAUCCAGAUGCGGCGACAAUGACCGGGCGUUCUAGUCAGAUGAAGACGGUCGUGUGAGUAUAUGCUUCGAGGGUGAUCAUCAACACCAAGUGGGAUAUGGUUGGUAUGUAUUUGGCGCAACAACUUUCCGUCCAUCCGGGGCAAUCUGUUCGGGCAAAGACGGUAUUGACUUUUCCCAUUGUAUGUUCGUCGAUAUUUGAAGGCCACGGAGUGGGGAGAGCCUGGACUCUGGAGGAGCUGAUAAGAAACCCGAGAAAAGCCGCGACCCGUGGGAGCCUCCAGGUGCAACGACAAUUACCGGGCAUUCUGUUCGGGCAAAGACGGUAGAGUGAGUAUGCUCCGAGGGUGAUUGCCAACACCAAGGGAUGCGAACCUGUGGUAUAUAGCUGGUAUGUAUUCGGGGCAACUUUCCGUCCACAUGCAGCGAUAAUGACUGGGCAUUCUAUUCGGCCGAUCGCCAACACCCAAGGAAUUUGUUUCACUGUCAGAAGCAUUAUCUUCUGCGAACCUGUGUGACGACCACGGAGUCGCGGCGACCGACGACCGACGACCACCCCAUGGCUGACGCAGCUUCAUGGCCCCGUUGCAACGCCAUAGCUUGAUCUCUGUUUCUAUGUCCAUGGCCGAUAGCUUCAUCUCUGUUUCUAUUUCCAUGGCCGAUAGCGUGACCUCUGGUUCUAUUUCCAUGGCCGAUUGAUUCGAUUGUAGAGCUGUUGAGCUGGCGGAGUUGUCUCGCUGGGGUGGGUGCAUUUGUGUGCGACUACCGUCGUCAACCGAAUAUAACGUACGAUCAUUAUUGCUUGUAUCUAGACUCAAAGAUGCCCCACAUACAUACAGCAAUAAUGACCGUAUACAUUGUGUUCGGGCGAAGACGAUAUUUGCCAGGCAAGCAAGCGAUGGUGUUAGUUGUGAGAAACUUCAGCGAAAGUGAUGCGAAUGGACCUGGAUGGCUCCACCACCCAGAGCACAUGCACAAAAGACAAAAAACAUAUGGCGGUGGAUCUUCCCGUGUUUUUUUUUUCUAGCGGAAAAUUGAAAAUUCCGUCUCAUUUUGUGCAAUUUUUUGGUGAAUAAUGGAGUGAGAGGCCAAAUGUGAAGGGUGGGCUAUUUUCUGGCCUUCUUUUUUUUUUUUUUUUUUUUUUUUUUUAAGCCCACUGUUUCUAUUAAUAAAGGACUGGAAAUCGGAUCCAGUGUCACUUGCAAUCCGGCUUUGUUUAGGCUGUUGUGCACGUUUUUUUCUGGUGGUGGUCCCGAGAAGUUGAUGAGACCGUGACGGAUGUGUUUGUGUAUCAUUUGCUUGACGAAAUCAGUGAGACAUGGCCGACUGGCGUAUGCACGAAAAGGAUGGCCCAUUUCCUGGCUUUGUUUGGGCUGUGGUGCCCUUUUUUUUUUUUUUCAAUCAAUACGAAAUUUGCAA